GCAUGCGUUGCGCGGCAAAAGAUUAUGUUUGCGUUUGGAAAGGGAUUAAAAUUCGAUUAGAUUUGAUCUAUUCGAUUUUGCGGUGGAUUUUUGUCGACAGAGGACGGGGUCACGGGAGGAGCCGAGCUGAAAGGCUGCGGUUCCUCCAAAGCGCGCCAAAUUCCGAAGCCCCAGGAAGACGGCGAGAAGAGAACUCCAUCCCAAACGUAAUCGAGGCCGAGGGGUUCUUCCCCGAAGGAGGAGGACUCGAUGGAUCCCCACGUCCUCGUCGCCCUUGCCCUCUUUCUCAUCGGCUGAUUGAGCACCUCAUGAGCUUACCUGUUUCCAAGCAGUUUAGAUCCCCAAGACUUUUCGAGAUGGCAAGAAAUGAACAAUGGCUGCAAGUGGCAAAGGAAGCAGUUUGUUUCAAGUUGAACUGUGUAGGAUAUUGCUGAUUUACUCAAAACACAUCACAGCUGAUGAAGAAUUGUGUCAAGUUUUGAAACCAUUGAGUUCUCCAAUAGCCUGGAUGAUCAGACACGGAUCACGGAGCACACUAUCAUCUGUUGAGGGAUAGCUCCUUCCUCCCUCCAUGCACCACAGCAAACUGUCUGUUUGUUUGCAAAAUAUUGACUCGUUUGAUGUUCCAGGAAGGCUAUCCAUAGGGAUGUAGCUCUUGUAGAUUGCAGCUGUGCUUGGUGCUUUCUAAAUGUUGAUUAUCGAUAACAUUAAAAUCUUGUAUAAUUGCAAUAAAUACAUGUUUAGCUGUUUGUUUGAUAAACAUUUAAAACCUUACCUAAAUGACGCUUUCUGAUAGCUUGAGAAGAAACAUUGGAAAAGGUAAUCUUAGCAGGUGCAAGCUUCUUGUGAGAACAUGUGUCCAAAUUAAGUUGCCUAAUUAUUUAUCACUUUGGUGAUACUGUAUGUCCAUGCAACUUCUUGCUUGGAACACUGAUUUCUUUUGAGAGUGGAAUGCCAGAGAUCAAGCUUUUGAUUCA